GAAAUUUGAGAAACAUGUUUCGAUUUUUCGUGGUAAUCGUAAUAUUUUUCGUGUUAAUCAACGCGGAAUUGCAAAAAAUUCCGUUGAACAAGACAAAUUCCAUUCGAAAAUCGCUUUCCAUCGAUCGUUUAUCUGGAAAUACUAGCGUUAUAAGAUUACCCUUGCAUUAUGAUGGAAAUGCUGCAUACUAUGGCGCUAUCACAAUUGGAACUCCACCACAAAAUUUUAAUGUAGCUAUCGACAUUGCUUUCCCAGAAUUAAUAAUACCAUCGAGAAAUUGCUGUUCUAAUGUUCCGUUAUAUAAUACAUACGAUCACACUAAAUCCAGCACAUACAUACCAAAUAAUACAUUUUUCAAUUUUGUAUAUAAUAAGGAAAAGACGAAUAUAAUAAGGAUAAUGUCGGGAUUCUUAUCUACUGAUGUAAUAAAUAUUGUUGGGAUUAAUGUUUCAAAUCAGACAUUCGGAGAAAUACUUGUAAUCGAAGUGAUUGAAUUCGACAAUGUGAAAUUCGACGGUAUAUUGGGAAUGGGUUUCUCUACGGUACCUUCCGAAAUGUCUUCUAUCUUUACCACUAUGAUUAAACAAGGUCUGUUGUCACGACCUGUUUUUAGUUUCUAUUUAAAUCGGAAUCCCGAAUUGAAUAAUGAACUGAUAUUGGGUAACUCCGAUGAAACGCUUUAUGAAGGCAAUUUAACGUACGUUGAUAUCAUCCACGAAACAUUCUGGAAAUUUUCUAUAGAUCAAAUUAAAAUAGGAGAUACGAUUUUAUGCAUGAAUCGCAGUCAAGCUAUGAUCGACACGCUCACACUCAAGCUAAUUGGACCAUCACCAGAUAUUGCAAAUAUUAAUAGACAAAUCGGGGCUAAUGAUACUGAGGGAGAAAUGAUUGUGGAUUGCGACAAGAUUUCUAAUUUGCCCAAAAUCUAUUUCUUCCUAGAUGACAAACCAUUCGGUUUCUCUGGUGAAGAUUAUAUUAUUAAGCUCGAACAAAUUAAUAAGACAAAGUGCAUAAGCGCUUUUAAGAGUGCAGAUACCUGUAUAAGUGCGAACAAAACUAAGGAACCGGAUUGGAUUUUGGGCAAUGUAUUUCUUCGUCGGUACUAUACCGAAUUCGAUAUAGAGAAUAACCGAAUAGGAUUUGCCCCUGCAAAAUAA